UGCUGCCAAAAAAAAAAUUGUGUGUGCUUGUGCUUAAAAUUUAAAUAUUAAUUUUUACACAACAAAUUUCAUUGUCUGACGCGCGUUGCCAAGCCCCACGAACAUCGCGCGUGAUGCACAUAUGAAAGAAAAUCUCUAAGAAAGUUGGGCAAAAUAUAAAUAAAUAAAGUGAUACCAGUAAAGUUCCUUAAUACACAGAGAUUCAAAGAUAGAAACGAAGAGAAUAAGGCGAGCAAGAAAGAGAGAAAGAGCUAAGACGAGAAACACAACAAAGUCAUUUACCCACAAACGGCCCUGCUGCUGCUAAUUACAACAGCAACAUCAAUCGUAGUUCCUUGUUAGAGAUCUAUAGAGAAACGACAGCCUAUAAAAUGAUUUCACACAGUCCACCCAUAUUCAGUCACAGUCCACCCGUUAGUUUCCUAGCGGACUACAUGAGCGGACAUCAGCGUCAAACAUUAAACUACAAUGACGAACCCAAUACCAUAGCCUCGCGUUAUUGCCGUCCUCAAGCGGUAACUCUGGCCUCCAAAGCGAUGGUCAACAACGCAUCCAAUGCUGCCCAGGGUCAGCAUCUGCCCGCCAAGACUGGUGGCACGCCCCUUGGCGUUGGCAGUCGCUCCGGCCGCAGCUAUUUGGAGCGCAUGGUCUCUGCCCCGCUGCUGCAAACACAGCCCAAAUCGUGCCUCAGCCGCAAAUCCUGCCUGCACAAGAGCAACCAAAGCUUCAGCAUCGCCUCCACGGAUGCUGCACCCACGGAGCAUGACGAUGUGACAGACAGCAGCAACAACAGCAGCAGCGAUUCAAACGGAUUUGCUACCUGCGAGCAAAGUCGUUUGCGCAAAAAGCAUGUGAUCUUUGCAGAUGAUGAGGGUUUAUCGCUGACAGAGGUGCGCGUCAUGUCGGAGCCCUCGAAUGUGCCACCCUACUGGAGCAUGAAGUUCUUGGAACAAAUUACACAAGGACUGGUCAGUCCGCAUCCGCCAGAUCAGUGGACUGUGGACUUUAAGCAGCCAGCAUCCGAUUAUUUGACAUUUAGGCAAAAGAUUGAAAGUGACUUUGUCUCACUGGAGAAUGUCAUUGUCAAGGAUGAGGAAUCGAUUGUCGUUGGCACCAUCAAGGUUCGGAAUAUUGAUUUUCAAAAGGAAGUCAUUGUGCGCGUCACCUGGGACGAUUGGAAAAGCCAACAGGACAUAUUUUGUACAUUUGCCAGGGCCUAUGGUCCUGCCACCUGUGCACACGUUGUCUUCGAUACAUUCUCAUUUAAGAUCACGCUGCCCCCAUCUUCCAAGCGUUUGGAGUUCUGCAUAUGCUAUCGUACAAAUGAAAACGAAUUCUGGGACAAUAAUGAUGGCAAAAACUAUACCAUCAGCAAACGUUCUCCCUUCUACUACAACGCCCUGUCGCCCUAUGAUAAGGGUCAAACCCGUAACUCCAGCCAGCAAAUGCGAUCCACCUUAACCGAUGCACUUGCCAAAGUCCAACAGCAGACUAACGGGACUCAAGAGUCCAAUACACCAUAUUGGUAGAAUAUAUGUUAUAUGAAUAUAGAAUUGAAGAAGGUCAAGCUAACUGUAUAGCUAAACAGAUCUGUGGCUGGACAAUCGGAUAUUGGGAUCGAUUCAGAUCCUUCCGCGUGUACACUACCAAGUGGAAUUGAUUUCCAUCUGAAUCAAACAGCAACCCAUCCUAGAAUUGGCUCUGAGCAAUGCAAAAAUUAUGAAAUGGAUUAUGGGGUGUGGAUGGGGAACUCAUAAUUUUUACCAUACCGUCAAUAAACAGACGAACAGACUUUAAUUUUUUUUUAGACCAGAUUUUGGUACAAAUUCAAAAGGUGCCAUCGACUUGAGGGUUUCUCUACGUACAAUCAAACAGAAACUACUUUUACCUCUAAGCAAAAUUGAGUUUUAUAAAAACUAGCUCAUUUCAAAUUCAAGAUCAUAUCCUUAUACCCAUAUACAUAUCCCUAAAAUGUUUCGUAGUAUGUUUGAUUGUGCAAUGAUAUCAAUAUCAAUUUUUUAUUUUGUGUAUUUUAUGUCUGCCUGUGUGAUUGUCUACCAUAUAACUGAUAUUAGUUUAAAAAACAAAACAACGCAAACUAAAAUAAAUGCAAAAAACAAACGAAAAACAAAAAAAAAAAAAAAAAACAACAACUGCAAGAACAUAACAAAAACUACAAACGAAAGCGUGCAUUAUCCUAGCAAACCAUUGUUUCGAAAUUGUCUUUAUAUGCAAAUAAAGAAACAGAAGUAAAUCAAAUUCUAACGAAUAUAUGAAAAUUUAGUUAUUAAGUUUUGCAUGGAACAUUUUAUAGGACUUUUUUUUGUUAAUUAUUAUUUUGGUUAUUUGAAACUCUAAGACUGAAAUGGCUUGUUAUGGAGAAACACGUCCUGAAAUACAAAAUAAUACCAUACAAAACAAAUAUAUAUAUAUAUACAUAUAAUAGAAAACAUCACAUUAAAUAAAAGCUCUAUGUCUCUAAUUGUUUGUAUGCGUCUGAACCCGACUUUGAAACUUAGCCUUAAGCGAUUUGUACAUAGAAUACAUAUAUAGAUAAUUCAUAAACCAGAAAAUUGCCUGUAAAAUACAUUUAUACAUUACCUA